AUGGAGAUCUCGUAUGGCGCAGCUGGCUACAAAGGUCUCGUUCACGAGCCAUACAUCUUCUUUCUCGCAUGUUUUGCAAGCAUUGGUGGUGUGUUAUUUGGUUACGACCAAGGCGUAAUCAGUGGCGUUCUGGUGAUGAACAAUUUUGCCAAACAAUUUCCAACCCUCUCCGAAGAUGCGACUCUCCAAGGAUGGAUGGUGGCAGUACUCACACUGGGAGCAAUGGUUGGCGCAUUGGUCAAUGGCCCAAUUGCUGACGCUCUAUCUCGUCGCUGGACUAUUCUCCUAGCCAACAUCAUCUUCCUCAUCGGCUCGAUCAUCCAAGCUGCGUCGAUCAACGUUCCCAUGAUAUUUAUCGGCCGCUUCAUUGCCGGGUUGUCGAUCGGCCAGUUGUCCAUGGUUGUUCCCCUAUACCUGAGUGAGCUCGCGCCGCCAAACCUUCGAGGAAGUCUGGUCGCGCUUCAGCAGCUUGGCAUUACAGUGGGAAUCAUGAUUGCUUUUUGGCUAGAUUACGGUACCCAGCAUAUCGGAGGUACAGGUGACGGCCAGUCUCCUGCAGCUUGGAGACUCCCGCUCGCUCUCCAAUGUGUGCCCUCAAUAAUACUAGGAGCUGGGACCUUCUUUUUACCAUACAGCCCGCGUUGGCUUUUGAUGAAAGAUCGCGAGGAGGAUGCGCUUGCCACCCUUGUCCGCAUCCGGCGUGUCCCCCCAACAGAUGCUCGGCUUAAGCUCGAGUUGACAGAGAUCAAGGUCGCAGCCCGAUUUGACAUCGAGACAACCGCCGAGUUGUUUCCUGGCGUCACUUCACGCCUGAAACUCACGUUGGAGAGAUACAAGUCGCUAUUCGUUGUUCGCCAUCUCAAUCGUCGCUUGGUGAUUGCCUGCCUCCUUCAACUCAUACAACAAUUUACCGGCAUCAACGCUAUCAUCUAUUAUUCGCCGACAAUCUUCCGGAACAUAGGACUCUCAGACAACUCCGUAGAUCUACUAGCAACUGGUGUCGUUGGGGUCAUUAACUUCUUCUCCACCAUCCCCGCCAUCAUGUUCAUGGACAGAUGGGGGCGGAAGAAAGUCCUCCUCAUCGGCGGAGUUGGCAUGGGGGUUUCCCAACUCAUUGUUGGAACUCUUUAUGCUGUCUACAAAGACAGCUGGGCAAGCAAUAAGUCAGCUGGGUGGGCUGCUGCGUUCUUUAUAUGGGCCUACAUCGCCAAUUUUGCUUUCAGCAUCGGAUGCGUCAACUGGAUUGUGCCUUCGGAGAUCUUCCCGCCUGGAGUCCGAUCCCAAGCGGUUGGUCUUGCGAUUGGAACCAAUUGGCUGAGCAACUUCAUCGUUGCUCUCAUCACUCCCCGAAUGCUCGAGGCGAUCACAUUCGGCACAUUCUACUUCUUCCUAGCGUUCUGUGUAAUUCUAAUUGUAUGGGUCUACUUCUUCGUUCCCGAAACCAAGGGAGUUCGGAUCGAAGAGAUGGACAAGCUUUUUGGUGGUAAUCAAGGAGAGGCGGACAUGACCAGAAUGGCAAUUAUCAGGCAACAGUUGGGAUUGAUUCAAGGGGAUGAGUUGACGAAAGAAGUUAGUAUGGGAGUGAGCGAGGUGGAAAAGGCAUGA